GUCGGUCAGCUACUCAGCUUAACUAUUCCAAUUUCUAUUUUCUAUCCGUUUCACUUUCACACACAGUUGUGAGAAACCCUAAUCCUACUCACAACAAUGAAGGGCAUGAAGUCACUGAAGCAGCUCAAGCUCUCUGUUCCCGCUCAAGAUGCUCCAAUUACCAGCUUCUUGACAACGAGUGGUACAUUUCAUGAUGGGGAUUUACUUCUAAAUUUGAAAGGACUAAGACUCACAUCUGAUGAUAAGGAAAAUCGUCCCUCUGACGCCAAGGAGAUCGACCUCCAAUUUUCACUGGAAGACCUCGAGACCAUCAAAGUCAUCGGAAAAGGAAGUGGAGGCAUAGUUCAACUGGUUCGACAUAAAUGGAUUGGUAGAUUGUUUGCUUUGAAGGUAAUCCAGAUGAACAUUCAAGAAGAUAUACGCAAACAAAUCGUGCAAGAGCUGAAAAUCAAUCAAGCAUCUCAAUGCCCUCACAUCGUCGUCUGUUAUCACUCUUUCUACCACAAUGGAGCCAUCUCUUUGGUUUUUGAAUACAUGGAUCGUGGAUCUUUAACUGAUGUCAUCAGACAACUCAAGACCAUUCUUGAACCAUAUCUUGCUGUUCUCUGCAAACAGGUAUUACAGGGUCUUGUGUAUUUACACCAUGAGAGACAUGUAAUUCAUAGGGACAUAAAGCCAUCUAAUCUACUUGUAAACCAAAUAGGUCAAGUAAAGAUCACAGAUUUUGGUGUUAGUGCAAUGCUUGCUAGUUCAAUGGGUCAACGUGAUACAUUUGUUGGAACAUAUAACUAUAUGUCUCCGGAAAGAAUUAGUGGGAAGACAUAUGACUAUAAAAGUGACAUAUGGAGUUUGGGUCUAGUGAUAUUGGAGUGUGCUAUAGGAAGAUUUCCAUAUAUACAAUCUGAAGAUCAACAAAAUUGGCCAACUUUUUAUGAGCUUCUGGAUGCCAUUGUCUCAAAGCCGCCACCUGCCGCCCCAUCGGAUCAGUUUUCGCCGGAGUUUUGUUCCUUUAUCUCUUCAUGCAUACAGAAAGAGCCUAAAGACAGAUCAUCAGCUUUAGAGCUUUUGGGUCACCCCUUCAUCAAGAAAUUUGAGGAUAAAGAUAUUGAUCUUGCAAUUCUGGUGAAGGCAGCUAUGGUUGCCAUGAGAUCUCUUAGAAAAUAUAGUGAUUAUGGUUUAGGCCGUGUAGGUAUUGCUUUCGUCGAAGAUGAUCGACGAUGA